CAGUCACGUGGGAUGGGGUGGUCACGUGCGGCGGUGCUGCGCGUGCGGCGGUGCUGCGCAUGCGCCGGCGGCCCUGACCGCGGCAGGGAUUUUUCUCUUCGACUCUGGCCGCCCACGCGGGGAAGCGUGCGAGCGGGACUGCAGCGCGCAGACUUUCUGAAUCUGGCAUCUGAGCAGAGGCGUAAGUGGAACCAGGCAGAGCUGAGAGUUGGCGAGUGCAGCAGGAGGUCACUGCAGGCUGGCUGCCACCGCCUAGGGCUGGGAAGGAGCACAAGAGGAGCCCUGAGAAGGCUGUUGCAUCCCUGGACUGGUGCCUAACUCCCGAAUGUCUUUCCUCCAGGACCCAAGCUUUUUUGCUAUGGGGGUGUGGUCCAUUGGUGCCGGAGCCCUGGGGGCUGCUGCCCUGGCGCUGCUCUUGGCCAACACAGACGUGUUUCUGUCCAAAUCCCAAGAAGCCACUCUGGAAUAUCUGGAGGACGUGGACCUGAAAACACUAGAGAAGGAACCAAGAACUUUCAAAGCAAAGGAGCUAUGGGAGAAGAAUGGAGCUGUGAUUAUGGCUGUGCGGAGGCCAGGCUGUUUCCUCUGCCGUGAGGAGGCUGCAGACCUGUCCUCCCUGAAACCCCAGCUGGAUGCAUUGGGUGUCCCCCUCUAUGCCGUGGUGAAGGAGCAGGUCGGAACUGAAGUGGAGGACUUCCAGCCUUAUUUCAAGGGAGAAAUCUUCCUGGAUGCUCAGAAAAAGUUCUACGGUCCACAGAGACGGAAGCUGCUGUUCAUGGGAUUCAUGCGUCUGGGCGUGUGGUGCAACUUCUUCCGGGCCUGGAAUGGAGGCUUCUCUGGAAAUCUGAAGGGCGAAGGGGUCAUCCUUGGGGGAGUUUUUGUGGUGGGAUCAGGAAAACAGGGUAUUCUUCUUGAGCACCGAGAAAAAGAAUUUGGAGACAAAGUAAACCCACUUUCUGUUCUGGAAGCUGCCAAGAAGGUCAAACCCAGGAGUUUAGCCUCAGAGAACCAGUGAUCCAUGAAGGGGGCCAGCUCACUCAUGCACCACAUUUUCAUUGUGGAUUAUUAAUGAAUUAUGUUGUUUUCCAGUUUAGGCCCCUAAGGCAAAAUAGGCCCCAAAAUAAGACUGAAAAAAAUCUAAGAGACUAGUGAAGAAGAGAUCUAGAAAAUAGAAGGCUUAAAGUUGACAGCUGCACCUCACUAUAAAUGUGUGUUUGAGUACCUUUACUUGAAAUUUUUAUUUUCAUAUCUUCAAGUAUUAAGAAAAGUUGGGACUAGGAGUGCAACUCAUUAGUAAAGCACUUGUGUAGCAUACUUGAGCCCUGGCUUCAACCCCAAGCAUCUCACACACACACACACAAAAAAAAAAUAGAAAUAAAAUCUAAGGGUGGAGGAUAUAGCUUAGCAGCACAGCACAUGCCUAGCAAGCGUGAGGUCUUGAGUUCAAUUCCCAGAACCAAAAAAUAAAAUACAAUUUAAAAUCUAAGAAAAGAUGGUGAUGAUUGAAUUAAAGAUUGUAGAAUUAAGGGUUUUGGCUUGAGAACUUUCUUUUAAUGACUCAACAUGUCAGUGCUCAUACAAAGCAAUUUAGGGCUGUUGGGUGGUUUGAUAAAGGUAAAUAUAAAGUGAAAUCUCUUGUCUUAUUGUCUUUCAUUCUAGCCUCAGAUUUAUAUUUCUACAAGUAAUUAUUCUGACUUUAAUAAAAUUAUACAACAGAAAA